UGUUUUAAAUGCGCAGGAAGCCGCAGAGGAAGAAAAUAUUAAAUGGUGGAAGAACUUCAUGUUUGUCAAUAACCUGGGCCACAAAAUCAGGCAGUUGGCGUCAAAGCUUUAUCACAGCUGGUAAAACCUAACGUUAAUGCUGCGUUUUUAUCUGACAAACAGGAAAUCACUUCACACGCCUGCAGUGGAAGAUGUUAGAUGACAACACGUUUGCGCAGGAGUCGGGUGAGCUCGGCUGUGGUGAUGGAAAGAAGGAAGCAGCUUUGUGUGAAUCGAAUGAGCAGAGAUUUAAACCUGUACCGGAGGUGAAUACGACCCCCUCCUCCAGGUUUCUGCAGGCUGAACUGGAGCUGAACGUCCACCUCCGGCGGCUCACCUUCAGCGAGCCUGUCCGGUACAUCUACAAUCCGUUGGAGUACGCCUGGGACACACACCGCUGCUACGUGGAGAAGUACUGUCGGGGCGGACAAAGGAUCCUGUUUUUGGGGAUGAACCCAGGACCUUUCGGCAUGGCACAGACUGGGGUUCCCUUUGGUGAAGUGAAGUCAGUUGUUGACUGGCUGAAGAUCACUGGCGAGGUGGGCCAUCCUCAGAACGAGCAUCCAAAGCGUCGGAUCACAGGACUCGCCUGUCCUCAGAGUGAAGUGAGCGGUGCACGUUUUUGGGGCUUCUUCAGGAAGCUGUGUGGCGAGCCAGCGCUGUUCUUCCGCCACUGCUUUGUUCACAACCUUUGCCCACUUAUUUUCAUGAGCACCAGUGGGAAGAAUUUAACUCCCCCUGAGCUGCCUAGAGCUGAGCGGGAUGCCCUCCUGAACCUAUGUGACAUUGCGCUGUGCCAGGUGGUGGAGGCGCUGGGCGUCUCUAUGGUAAUCGGAGUUGGAAGGGUGGCAGAGCAGCGGGCACGACAAGCUCUCUCAGCUGCAGGUGUUAAUGUCCGAGUCGAGGGCAUCAUGCAUCCGUCGCCUAGGAACCCACAAGCCAAUAAAGGCUGGGAGGAUGUAGCCAAAGCCAAAUUGGCAGAACUGGGUGUCAUGGCAUUGCUGAAAAACACGAGUUAAUCAUUUCACAUUUUGCCUCACAUCAGUGCAUGUGUCACUGCUUUACUGACAGCGAAAACCACUCCAAGAAGAGCGUGUACUAAACUAAUGCUGUAUUUUUAUUCUACUGUAAAGAUCAGUUUGUCUGUUUAUUUUGAGAUUACAGAUCAGUGGAUGGAGCAUGAUAUAAAGUUGAGAACAAUUAAUUCUGAAAAUAUUUCUACACUAAUGUAACUACAACAUACUUUAUAUUAUAAAUAUAAGCUCUGGGAGUUAGUCAGGAAAACCAAUCAAUCAAACUUUUUAAAACCGCAUUUUGGAAGAAGAAAAAAGGCCAAUACUUAAAACAAGUAUGUGAAAAUAUUCAGUCUUGCUACAGGUAAUAUCAAAUCAACAUCCAAGUCCAAAUAUGUAAUAGCUAGUAAAUUUGUCAUUUUAUUCUCAUAUAAAAUCACAAUUUUAAUUCACUACUGCAACUGACUGCUGACAGCUAAUUGGUAUGGCAAAGGCCUCUGAAGAAACAACCUGUAAAUAUUACAAAGAAUAUUUUGUAAAAACACAGCUCUACAUAUUCAUUCUGUGCUGCUGCAGAGGACUGUCCUUUUUUAAUGUUCUUUUUAAUUGUCAUUUACUUUAAUAAUGCCUUUUAUUCGUUUAUACUUUUUUUUUUUUCAAUUUUACCAAUUCUGUGUAUUUCUGAAGUGAAGAGUCUCCUGUUUGAAUAAAUAUGGAAUAAUUAAA